UUAAGUUCCUAUUUUUUUUUUUUCGAAAAUAGAUUGUAAGAAGAAAAGAAGAUUCUUUCUGGCAGCGCAGUAACGAAUUCGUGCGUCAUCAUCCAGUCAAUCAAUCAAAGUUUCUGCAACCAACCAACUAACUUGCUUGUUUUUAGGGUUUGUUUUUGCCAGAUAGUUGGUGGUGAAUAAUAAUAAUAAGAAGAAGAAGAAGAUGAGUGGUAGUCAAUCAUCUAGAAGAAGCAGUAUGGCUUUGAACGCUAGAAAAAAAACUUCUGAAAAUGGUGCUGAUUCAACCAGACGAUCCAUCACUACUCCCCGUCCCGUGGGACUAACAGGAGAACGCACCGUGAAACGUUUGCGUCUCUCUAAAGCCUUAACGGCACCUGAAUCUACAACUGUUAUUGAAGCCUGUCGUCGCAUGGCUUCUCGUAAAGUUGAUGCUCUUUUGCUCACAGACUCUAAUGCCUUACUCUGUGGCAUAUUGACCGACAGGGAUAUUGCAACAAGAGUUGUUGCUCGUGAGCUUGAUCUUGAGACCACUCCUGUCUCGGCAGUGAUGACAAGGAACCCCAUUUUUGUAAUUUCAGAUACUCUUGCUGUUGAAGCCUUACAGAAAAUGGUCAUAGGAAAAUUUAGACACUUGCCUGUCAUAGAAAAUGGUGAGGUUGUCGCGAUUCUUGAUAUAGGAAGAUGUUUAAAUGAUGCAAUAGCUCGUAUGGAAAGAGCUUCUGAAAAGGGGAAAGCCAUCGCUGCUGCUGUUGAAGGUGUUGAAAAGCAAUGGGGAACCUCUGUUUCUGGUUCAAACACAUUUAUUGAAACACUUCGAGAGCGACUGUUUAAGCCAUCUUUAUCGACCAUAAUCUCUGAAAAUUCAAAGCUUGUGACUGUUUCGCCAUCAGACACAGUGUUAAUGGCAACAAAAGCGAUGCUGGAGUCUCAUAUUCACUCUGCUGUUGUAACAGUAGAUAACAAACCACGCGGGAUAUUAACGUCAAAGGAUAUUUUGAUGCGCGUUAUAGCACUGGGUCUUCCUCCUGAUUCAACCUUGGUGGAAAAGGUGAUGACUCCAAAUCCUGAAUGUGCCUCCAUCGACACACCAAUCGUUGAGGCUCUGCAUACUAUGCAUAAUGGGAAAUUUUUACAUCUUCCUGUUGUUGAUAGAGAUGGAAAUGUUGUUGCACUUACUGAUGUACUCCACACCGUUCAUGCAGCUGUAGCCUCGGUCGGAAGUACAGCUGGAAUUGAUAAUGAUGCUGCAAGUUCAAUGAUGCAAAAGUUUUGGGACUCUGCCAUGGCAGCACCUCCCGCAGAUGAUGAUAGUGAUACUAGGAGUGAGACUUCUUUCAAGUUGGCUUCUGAAGGCGCGGAUAUGGGAAAAGCUAUUUAUCCUUCACCUAUACUAGCAAAUACAUUUGCUUUCAAGAUUCAAGAUAAAAAGGGUCGGAUGCAUAGAUUUAUUUGUGAAACUCAUAGUUUGACGGAUCUUAUCACUGCAAUAGUACAAAGAGUAGGUGGUGAAAUUGACCGCAACAACCUCCCACAGAUUCUGUAUGAAGAUGAAGACAAGGACAUGGUGAUACUUGCAACAGAUAGCGAUCUUGUUGCAGCUGUGGAACAUGCAAGAUCAGCCGGUUGGAAGGGAUUAAAAUUGCAUCUAGAUUACUCUGGGAUGCCUAGAAGUCAGAAAGGUAAACCAGCAGUGAUUACAAGAGGAGGUGGGGGUGGUGGUCUGGAGCAUGCUCACGCAGAUGCGUGGGCUUCUGCAUACAGUUCUGUUGCAGCCGGAGCUGCAUUAGUGGCUGGUUUAGGCGUAUUAGCGUUUUUGAAAAGAUCUGGGUAAUCACACCGAUUUCUAAUGUUUUUCUUUGAAAUCUUUCAAGGAUUAUGCUUUUCCUUGUGAACAUUGAGGCGGGGACUACAGUGAUUGAUAAUGUCGAAAAAUUACUUGAUUAGUUGGCCAGGUUAACUCUGUGCCUAUUCUUGUGGAUCUAAAUUGUAUACAAAGAUAAUGAGAUAAACAAGAAUGCCUUUGUUUGGGUUUCUCUAUACUUGAGAGUUUAAUAGAAGCGCUUGUCUUGCA